AUGCGACUGUUAACCGCGCCUGAGUGCUGCAGGCCGGACGCACGCGGCAAUUUACGUAAAUGGGCCCGGUUCUCGUGCUGGGAGGCGGGGAGCCUAUCGUAUCUCUGCUUGAACAUGAAGCGGAGUCACCGCAUACCACCAGAAAGGUGCGGGAGAUCAGUGAAAUUGCAAGGUUCACUCAAGGGCCCACCGCCGGCUGCCCCCGUAAGGCGCCAGAACACGAUUCACAUUGCAAACUACCUUACUCAUGCGAGCGAAAAUGGCUCGGUCCACAUGGCGAUUCACGCAAUCAUGCCUACUGGGGGGCAACAGGUCACGCUGGGAAAUGACACGCUGGAAGCUGCACAGGUACGUGCGUUUACUUCGUUGAAUCAGCAGUCACGUCAUGAGCACGAGAGACAGAAGACGCGGACCCCGGGCACACACAUAUGCUGUGACGCAUUCUCGGGGAGGCAGCAGUUCGCUCGAAGCUCUUCAGCUAGCAUUUCCCCUUUGAGUGGCAUCACUGCGCUGCACCGGCGUUAUGAGGACGAGGUACUGCAGCGCACUGAUGCCGACGGUGUGAACUGGGCAGUGGCGUCUGUCAGCUCCGACAUCCGCGUCUUGCCGACCACGGAUCGCCCUCGUCGCCGGCUUCUGCGACACGGCGCCGCUCCCCCAUCGCUGGAGACUGAAACGGCUCAUCACGAAGUAACCUGGAAGAAGUGCGAAGCUUCGUCCCGGAAGCGCUUCCAGUCUGUCCGCGUGGUGAACUGCUUCCAGGCUCUCGGAGCGUCCGCUGACCGCCUGAGAAAGCAUGCGCUCCGACAGCAUGUCACAAUUAAAAUCUGA